AUGCGUUACGCUACUCUCGCUGCUCUGCUCUCCACCGGCCUGGUGUCGGCAUACGAUGUGCCUGACAAUCUGAGACGAAUUUAUGAGAAUCAUAAGUCUGGCAAUUGUGACAAUAAACUCGCCGGCGGCUUCACCGACGGCAUCAACGGCGAAAACAGCUUCUCCUACUGCGGCGACAUUGACGGCGCUAUCUUCCUGCACAGCUCCAGCAACGGUGGCCAAUACGAUAACAUGGACGUGGACUGCGAUGGGGCCAACAACACCGAUGGUGACUGCGCCAAUGAUCAGACUGGUCAGAGCCAGACUGCCUUCAUGGAUUCCUUGAGCCAAUAUGGCAUUGAUGACUUGGACGCGAAUGUUCAUCCGUAUGUCGUGUUUGGUAACACGGAUUUCGAUCCUCAAGAGUAUGGCAUGGAGCCCCUGAGUGUGAUGGCUGUUGUUUGUGGUGAUCAGCUGUACUACGGUAUCUGGGGUGACACCAACGGUGAAGAUUCCACCGGUGAGGCAUCCAUCUCUCUGGCACAGCUGUGCUACCCUGAUGAUGGCAUUACCGGUGACAAUGGUCAUGGUGACGACGAUGUCCUCUACAUCGGUUUCACCGGUAAGGAUGCUGUUCCUGGCGACGAGGCUGACUGGACCACCGAUGACACCGAGACCUUCGAGGAAAGUAUCAAGGAGCUUGGUGACAAGCUGGUCGCUGGUCUUCGAGACUAA